AUGCUACAAUAAUCCUAGUGAAUCUAGUAGUAUUUCCAACACUUUGUAAAUCUUGUGAAAAAUCUGUCAUUUAUUAUUAUUACUCCAAGGAGCCAAAAGACACUUGCAGAAGUGUUUUAUCAAAAACCCAUAAGGAGAGCCAGCAUUUUGAUGCAAAGUUCUUAAAUUAUAAUGAAGAGAUGGCCAACAAUAAUGGAUUGAACGGACUCUAUAGACCAAGGAGUGCUUUAGCUCGGGCCUUUUAUGAGAAACACCGCAAUGAUAGACAACUCCAAGAAUUUGAUCAAGCAGAGUGGUACAGGGUAGACAAGUCCAGAUUGAGUCCCGAGAUGCAGCAGAAGUUCGUGCAGCUGGGUCCAGAUGAGGAAACCCAGGAGUUCCUCUCAUCCUCCAUCGACAAGUCCUCGUGGGUGUGGACCCAGAUUUGGUACUUGCUGGCAAAGGCUGUCCUGAAACACUUCUGGACAAUCACGGAUAUUAAUGGCUGGCUGGGUCGCGGCUCCAUGUUCGUGCUGUCGCGUGCACAAGCUGCCGCGCUGCUGCCGGUACCGUCGGGCACGGAGGGCGGGGGCAGGCUGGUGGACGUCGGCGCCGGCGACGGCGAGGUCAGCCGCCGCUUCUCGCGACUGUACCGCGAUAGAUACGCGACAGAGAUCUCCGCGAGCAUGCGCAAGGCGCUCAGCGGCAAGGGUUACGUCAUCCUCGACACGGAAGACUGGUGGCGCGGCGAGCAGUUCGACUGCGUGUGCAUGCUGAACCUGGUGGACCGGUGCAGCCGGGCGCGCACCAUGCUGCAGCAAGCGCGCGCGGCGAUCGCGCCCCGCGGCGUGCUGCUGCUGGCCCUCGUGCUGCCCUACAAGCCCUACGUCGAAGUGACCGCUGACCACAAGCCCGAGGAGCGGCUGCCCAUCACGGGCGUCACAUUCGAGGAGCAGGCGGCGUCCUUCGUGCGCUUUAUGGCCGACAUCGGCUUCGGACUUCGGUCGUGGGCGCGGGCGCCCUACCUGUGCGAGGGGGACUUCGCCCAGGCCUACUACUGGUUGGACGACUCGGUCUACGUGUUCGAGCCCGUGUCGUGAUGUAUGCGCGCUGUAAGCUCUGUCCUGUCUCAGUCUAAGUACUCACAUGCGGUUUUGCUCGAUAG